AUCAAUAUGGCGGACAUGUGAGAAGUCGGAAUUGCACUGACGCCGGUUAUUUUUACAGGGAUUUCAACCGCCUUUCAGGUCGUACUCGUGUGAAUUUUGACCGCCAGAACAAUGACGACUUUAAGGCCGUUUAUUUGUGAUGACAUGUUUCAUUUUAACAACGUGAAUCUGGAUCCUUUAACAGAAACUUAUGGUUUACCAUUUUACAUGCAAUAUUUAGCACGCUGGCCUGAGUAUUUUCAAGUGGCUGAAUCACCCGAUGGACGUAUUAUGGGAUAUAUUAUGGGAAAGGCUGAAGGGUCAGGUGAGAAUUGGCACGGUCAUGUGACAGCUUUGACAGUAGCGCCAGAGUACAGAAGAUUAGGUCUUGCUGCCAAACUUAUGGAGGUUUUGGAAGAAAGUUCAGAACUAAAAAACAACUAUUUCGUAGACCUUUUUGUACGAGUUUCCAAUAAAGUAGCAAUAGAUAUGUACAAGCGAAUUGGAUACACAGUUUAUCGGACAGUAUUAGAAUAUUACUCUGGAGAUCCUGACGAAGAUGCUUACGAUAUGAGAAAAGCGUUAUCAAAAGAUGUAAACAUGAAGUCUGUUCAGCCUCUAAAAGAUCCUGUCCGGCCUGAAGACAUUGAAUGACACUAAUUUGGUGAACUUGGCAGGUUUUAUUGCUCGGUUCACCAACUAGUUUAUUUAUAACUGAUGUAUUUUUUUUUUCUCAUUCUUAUGAAUUUAUCACCGGUAGCUUGACUUUUCUGUUAUCAAUUUAUUCUAUUAUGAUUAUAGAAACAAAUAAAAUUAGGUCAAUUAUGUGCCAACAUAUUCAUCAAAUAUAAAAUAAUUUGCAAAUCAAAAAAAGAGCAAUUUAUUGAAUCUUUUUGCUUUUAUAUGAGAAAUGUAUUUUCUUUCGUAAUAAAAUAUAGUCC